GCUGGGGCCGGGGGGCGGGCGCAGUGCGCAGGCGGGGCCGCCCCUUCCUGCCGCCGGGGAGCGCGGCGGGUGUGCGGGGGGGAGCGGCCGCGCGAUGGAGGUCAGCCACUCUGUCAAGGAGCGCACCAUCGCCGAGAACAGCCUGGUCAUCCUGCUGCAGGGUCUGCGUGGCCACGUCACCACGGUGGACCUCCGUGAUGAGAGCACAGCCACGGGGCGCGUCACUAACGUGGACGCCUUCAUGAACGUGCGGCUGGCCGAGGUGACCUUCACGGACAGGCAGGGCACGGUGUCAUGCCUGGAUGAGCUCUUUGUGACCGGCAGGAAUGUCCGCUACAUCCACAUCCCUGACGAGGUGGACAUCAGGACCACCAUCGAGCAGCAGCUGCAGGCCAUCCACAGGGUCCGCUACUUCGGGGGCCGCGACAAGGGCAGGAAGGAGUUCCCUCGCGCCAAGCACAAGUGAGACCCCGGACUUGCCCCUUCCACCGGACUGCCAGCCACCUCCACACCUCGGCCCGGGGCUCUGCUGCUCCCCUGGCUGGUGCCUGUGGGGGAGCAGGGUUACUAUUUUUUUUUUUUAAUUAAUAACCCCACUUAGAAGGGUCUGUGAUCUCA